AUGGAGUUACUGGGGCGUCGCGACAUCUUCCCCUUGGAUGAUCGGUCCAGCCCCAGCUCCGCCUCUUCCUUCAGCCUCUCCAGCCCGGCCCCUUUAGGGCUGCAGCCGCUGCUCCCUCCCUGUCCUUCCCUAGAGCCUUUCCGGCCCCACCCUCUAUUCCAGGCCCCGCGAGCGUGGUAGCGAGAAGAGCCACCCACACUCAGCCGGGCAGUGAGGUUGCUACAGCGCCUGGAAGAGCCCUGCAGAGACCCCAGGCUGGGCAAGGGACCCCCAUCGCUGCGGGACCUGAUGCCCCGCACAGCACAGCUACGAGAGGUGGCAAAAACCCGACGAGAGGCUAGGGGAGGUCCCAGUGGUCCUCUACCUGGUCAAUCUGGAGGCCAAAGGCAGGCAGGUGGCCAAGCUUCCUCGGACCCAGUGUUUCGGGAGCUGAACUCGCAUGUUUAUUUCCACAUCACAGGAUUCGCUAGAGGAACUCUGGGACGUCGCGUCUGUAGGGACUCUCCCUACCUCCAAUGCGACGCUCAGUUUUCCUGCAGGCGACCGCUGGCCAAGCUGGCCCUCAUCCUCAGUCACAUGCACGCAGAGCUGAGCCCCCUCCUUCCCUCGGAGUACCAGCUCAUCAAGGGAUCCGCCCACACCUUCUGGAGGGGGCGCUGCGGCGUCCUGGGCUGCAAGUCCCUUAACGGCCCUGCGCAAGGACCCCACGUGGGGCGGGGGGGAAGAGCAGCCGCCUCCCUCCAGCCACAGCUGGAGCUGGACCUCCUCCAACCUCACCUCUCACCUUGGCUACGUGCUGUCUUUGAGUCUGACAUCUUCACCAGGCUCUUCCAGCCAUGGCCCACCCUGCUCAGGAACUGGCAACCCCCAGCUGUCAACCGCCCUGCCUACAUGGCCUUUCUGACGUUCGCUGAGGUCCAAAGAUGCCUGCAGGCCUACAGGGACAAAGCAGGCAGCUACCUCUACCCUGAUGGAAAGAACCAUGACCCAGACCUGACUGAGCCAUGCCAGGCAGAACCCUUACCCUGCACCCAGGUGUCAGAGAGGCCAGCGGUGUGGGAUCCCCUGGAGCUGGAAUCGGAGGUGAACACCGAGGGCCUCGCCCAGGUCCUCUCGAGAGCGAUGCAGGCUCUUCACGCACUCCCGGACAGCAAGACUUCUCCCUUCCGCCGCCGCCGUGAGAUCAGAGGCUGCGAGGCUGUGAGUAUCUGCCAGGCACAAGAGAGAGCAACGGAGGUCAGGACCACUGCAGGUGACUCAAGAAACGACCAGGAGGCUGCAGAGUGGGAGCUGGGGCGGGUGAGCGCAGGCCCAGACAGGAGCUGGAACCGCUGUGCCCAGGCUGUGCGGGAUGAGGGCUGA